AGUCCAGGGCUGCUAGCAUAAACAAGAUGGCUGCGUAAGUGUUGAAGCGCCGAAGUUCAGUUUUAGCUCCAAUUCUUAAACCAAUCGUUAACUUCUUCCGUGACCCGCUCGCUCUGAAUUGGUCAAAUGCAGAGGCCUUUUUAAUUUCCUUCCACCUAUUCCUUGAUCUCCGAUCUUUUCAAGUGUCUUAGAAGUCAUGGAAGAGUGGCCAGAGACAGUGGAGGCUGUAAGUCCAGACCGGCUGUGCUGAGACGCCUUCAUCCAAGCGACUUCAUGAUGAUAAAAAACAUUCCUGCAUAGAGACAUCGGCUCAUCCGUUGAAACAGAACAGAGUAAACCUCAGAUUUUUACAGAGGACCUGAACUCUCAGUUGUUAGUGUCGUUUUGCACUUCAGAACCAAACAUAGAGAGGAAGUCAUGAAUGAUCAUGGCCAUGGUGACUUAGGGUAAAUGGCUAUUAAUCAGCGCAGCUCAGUGACAGUAUUUACUGCUCAGUCUUCUUCCCCCUCUCUGUUCUCCUCUCAACCCGUCUCCCCAUCUUUUCCCUUGUUUGUUUGGACCUCUCUGGCUCCCCUCCAACAUCAAGAUGGCUAUUGGUUUGGGUAUUUUAAAGCUCCUGCGAGGUGUCCGUCAACUGGAGCUUCAUCGCCUCUUGCUUUCCAUGGCCUUCCUCGCCUACUACGUCUCCAACAGCCCUAAAAUCAAGGACCCCCCACCUUUACCCUUCAGUGAUUGUGGCGGAGGUGGGGGGACGCUGCUGGGAUUGAGUACCAGUACUGCUGAUAGUGAGACAGGUAGUCAGAGGUCACCUCUUUUUCUAUCUGUGCGGCGAGAGCGACUGCAGGAGGUAAAGACAAUCGACAACUCCAGAACGGAGCCGGUGGUUCUGGUGUUUGUGGAGAGUAUCUAUUCCCAGCUGGGCCAAGAAAUCAUUGCUAUUUUAGAAUCCAGUCGCUUCCGCUACCGGACAGAAAUUGCUCCCACUAAGGGAGACAUGCCCACACUGACGGAGCAGAGCCACGGACGCUAUGCGUUGAUUAUUUAUGAAAAUGUGCUGAAAUAUGUCAACCUUGAUACAUGGAACCGCGACUUGCUGGACAAGUACUGCACUGAAUAUGGAGUGGGGGUGAUUGGCUUCUUCAAAGCCACUGAAAACUCACUUCACAGUGCACAGCUCAAAGGUUUCCCCCUCUUUCUACACUCGCAUCUCAGACUCAGGGACUACUGCAUAAACCCCAACGCUCCUCUGCUGUACAUCACCAAGCUCAACCAAGUGGAGCAGGGUCCUUUGCCAGGGGACGAUUGGACCGUAUUCCUGUCCAACCACUCUACGUAUGAACCAGUCCUUCUAGCUGCACCCAAGUCCUCGGAUGCUUUGGCGCGUUCUGGACCAAGUCCGCUGGCCCUCUAUGCCACCGUGGUGCAGGACUUGGGGCUCCACGAUGGCAUUCAAAGGGUUCUCUUUGGGAACAACCUCAACUACUGGCUUCACAAGCUGGUGUUUGUGGACGCCAUCGGCUACCUGACAGGCAAAAGACUGGGUCUGUCUUUGGACCGUCACAUCCUGGUAGACGUGGAUGAUAUAUUCGUGGGCAAAGAGGGCACUCGUAUGAAGGUGUCUGACGUGGAGGCCUUGCUGAAUACUCAAACUAAGCUAAGAGGCCUUGUACCUAAUUUCACCUUCAAUCUUGGAUUUUCAGGGAAGUUCUAUCACACAGGUACAGAUGAGGAGGAUCAAGGAGACGACAUGCUGCUGCAGCACAAGAAGGACUUCUGGUGGUUUCCUCACAUGUGGAGCCACAUGCAGCCUCACCUUUUUCACAACGUCAGCGUCCUGGCUGAGCAGAUGAAGCUCAACAGGAUCUUUGCUCAGGAGCAUGGAAUUCCAACAGAUAUGGGCUAUGCAGUGGCUCCGCACCACUCAGGGGUUUACCCCGUUCACACCCAGCUGUACGAAGCCUGGAAGUCUGUGUGGAAAAUCAAGGUGACCAGCACUGAAGAAUACCCUCACCUCAGGCCAGCAAGAUACCGCCGGGGCUUCAUCCACAACGGAAUAAAGGUGCUGCCCAGGCAAACCUGUGGCCUAUUCACACAUACCAUCUUCUAUAAUGAAUACCCUGGAGGCUCCAAGGAGCUUGAUAAGAGCAUCAGAGGGGGAGAACUCUUCCUCACUGUUCUCCUAAACCCUAUCAGCAUAUUUAUGACUCACCUAUCAAACUAUGGGAAUGACCGUCUGGGGCUGUACACCUUUGAGUCUCUGGUGAAGUUUGUCCAGUGCUGGACCAACCUCAGGUUGCAGACAUUGCCUCCGGUUCAGCUUGCUGAAAAAUAUUUCCAGAUCUUCCCAGAAGAACGAAGCCCCCUCUGGCAGAACCCGUGUCACGACAAGAGACACAAAGACAUCUGGUCUAAAGAAAAAACCUGUGACAGACUUCCUAAAUUCCUAAUUAUUGGACCACAGAAAACGGGCACCACAGCUCUUCAUUCAUUCCUGAGCCUUCACCCAGCGAUUACUGGCUCCUUCUCCAGUGCAACUACUUUUGAGGAGAUCCAGUUCUUCGGUGGAGCCAACUAUGACAAUGGGAUUGACUGGUACAUGGAGUUCUUCCCAUUUCCUUCCAAUGUUAGCGCAGACUUCAUGUUUGAAAAGAGUGCCAAUUACUUUGACUCGGAAGUAGCCCCCAAAAGAGCAGCAGCCCUGUUACCUCGAGCCAAAAUCCUGGCUGUGCUUAUCAACCCGUCUGACAGAGCGUACUCCUGGUAUCAGCACCAGAGAGCCCACCAGGACCCCGCAGCGCUGAACAACUCCUUCCAUGCUGUUGUAACGGCAGCACCCUCAGCCCCCAGAGCCUUGUUAACCCUGCAGAAACGGUGCCUUCACCCGGGAGCCUAUGCUUCCCAUUUGGAGCGAUGGCUGCAAUAUUACCAACCCAGCCAGCUGCACAUUGUGGACGGGGCCCUGCUGCGUUCUAAUCCUGUGCAGGUGAUGGAGGGAAUUCAGAGAUUUCUCGGUGUCACUCCCAUCUUCAACUACACGCAGGCACUGAUGUAUGAUGAUGUCAAAGGUUUCUGGUGUCAGCGAGUGGAAGGAGCCCGGUCCAAAUGUCUGGGGAAGAGCAAAGGAAGGAAGUAUCCAGGGAUGAGUUUGGAGUCACGUGCCUUUUUAAGCGAGUAUUACCGUCACCACAACAUGGAGCUGGUGCAACUGCUGAAUCGCCUGGGCCAACCACUGCCUACCUGGCUUCAUCAGGAACUUCAGAGCACCCGCUGAAGGCUGCAGCAUCAGAUGAGAGCAUUUUCACCCGAUGACUCUUCUUACUAAGCUGCAGUUCAGCUUAUUCUUAAAGUGCUGCUGAUAAACAGGGAAAAAAUGAAUACAACAUGAAUGAACCUUUGGUACUGGGUUAAUCCACGAACACUUCUUCAGUUCUGAUACCAACCUCCUCCAAGUACCAGACAUCAAUCGGCCUUGUCCAGUCCAGGACAUGGCCGACACUAGAAGCAUCAGCUAAGGAUCACAAAUUCCAGACAACAGUGUCCAGCUUCACAGACAGAUGAGAUGGCGGUAUAAAGACUAAAUCUGUUUGGUGGAGUACUAGGGUUAGCAUGCCGGACCUACUGGUGCUUCAACAGAAUGAAAGGAAAGGUCUGAGGUCAGAUGAGAAUUCCACAAUUCUCUCCAAAACAUUUGCUGUUCUUGAUAUUUGUCUAACGAAGCCCCAACUGUGAAAUGGAAAAGCAAACCGGAUCUAAUAAGCUGUACAAGCAGAGAUGCUUUAUUCCCUUAAUGCUGAACACUGCAGUUUGCUUUGGAUUCUAUAAAGCCACAGUAAACAUACGGUAACAAUAUGAAAUCCAUUCAGCUGAAGGAGUCGAGUUCAUAGCCAUAAGACCCACUUCUUCCAAGUUCUGAAAAGAAAAGCAGAUCCAUCUCUGCACCAACUCUGCAGGACCAGAGGAAAGAACCACUUUCAACCAAGACUGGAGUUAGCCUCACAGAGACCAACGAGCAAUUAAUAUCUUUAUGAACUGCAUCUAAUAAUAAAGAGAAAGAAAUGACCUGGAAAAUGUCAAUAAAAAGAAGAUUUAUCAAUUUGGAACCAUGGGUCUCUUAUCUCUCAUCUCGCAGCUGUUUGUUUUAUCAGCAAAUGCUGAUCCUGUGCUCCAGAUGGAGCUAUGGUCAUUAACUGCU